GAGAAAGCAGAAGGGUUGGAAGAUGCGGGAGCUGAGUCGGAGCUGACUGGCUCCACCAAGGGGGGCCGGGCAAAGACAAGAUGCACGGGUUCCUGUUCUUCCUCUUCCUUUUCCAGCUUGCAGGCUCAUCUGAUAUCUCGGGUCCAGAAGCGGUCAGAGGCCUGGUGGGGGGCUCACUGACGGUGCAGUGUCACUAUGUACAAACAUGGAAAAACAGCAAAAAGUGGUGGUGUCGAGGAGCCAACUGGGGAAACUGCCGUAUCCUUGUUAAAACCGAUGGGUCAGAGCAGGAGGUACAGAGAAAAAAUGUGUCCAUCAAGGACAAUCAGAAAAACCUCAUUUUCACUGUGACCAUGGAGAAGCUCAAGCAAACUGAUGCAAAUAUUUACUGGUGUGGGAUUGAGAGAUAUGGAAUUGACCUUGGGGUCAAAGUCAAAGUGACCGUCCACCCAGCACCAACUACAGUGUCAACCACCGGCUCAAAUGCCACCAUGUCCACAACGCCAGCAGAGACCAAAGGCCCCCCGACUAUGACCAGCCACCACUACGAUGGCAGUGCUGACUCCAUUAACCUCAGCAUCCUGCUUCCCCUCAUCUUCGCUGUGUUGCUGCUUCUCCUGGUGGCGGCCUCACUCUUGGCUUUGAGAAUGAUGAAGCAGCAGAAGAAAGCUGCUGGGCCAUCCCCAGAGCAGGUGAUGCAGCCGCUGGAGGGGGACCUCUGCUAUGCAAACCUGACCCUACAGCCAACCGGAACCUCCCACGGCUCCUCCCAGAAGAAGGCCUGCACAAAGCCCUCCUCCUCUGCCCUGGAAAACCAGCAGGAAGUGGAUUAUGUCACCAUGGCCCCCUUUCCGAAGGAGAACAUUUCCUAUGCGGCUCUGUCUUGGGAGCUUUUGGAUCAGAAGCCAACCUACAGCAACACAGACGUCCUCGUCACCCACGUUCCCAGAAAGAACCCUGAGGAGUCCAUGGAAUAUAGCACCAUCAGGAAGCCUUAGCCUAAGCUCCAGGCCCCCCUCUCCAACCCCACACAAGGCCUGUGAACAUAUUCCUGUUUUGUCUGCUUUCUGUCCCCAGUCACUUCAUGGGGACCAAAUGGUGACUGAAGCCUUGGUCUGGUCCAGCUAGCGUCACUUCCAGUUCCAUCUGGGUUCGGGGCCUGGUCUCAAGGGGCUUUCGAGAGGUAGACGGGAGUCUCUCUACAUCCUUUUUCCUCUCACAUGGCUUGGGAGGGGCUUAGGGAUAGGCUCUGGAGCUGCCAAGGGAGUAAUAAAGAU